CACUCAAUACAAUGUACAGACGUGUUUUGACUACCCUAAAACCGUCGCAACGUACCUAUGUUGGUCUUGCUUUUAACCAGCAGCACAAGCAGGAAACUGUGGAGACUAUUGAUCGUUCGUUGAGAUCCUUUCAACACACUGUCAACGGCCCUACAAGCACUAUUUCCCAAGUUGGCAAUGACGUUGAUAUGGCAAAUGAAAAAGAGCCUAUUUUUGAAGUUGUUUCUUCUGGCGUUGGGUCCGCAUUAUUGGUCAAGUUACCGCCCGAAGCAGAAAUUACAGCUGCAACUGGUUCUGCUUUGGGUGCAUCCACUAAAGUAGUUUCCAAGUUAUCUCUUGACAAAAGCACUGUAAAAUCAAUUGGUAGAAAACUUGUAGGAGAUGCCAUGUUUUAUCAAAAAUAUUAUACCAAAAAUGCAGCAGGCGAUAUUUUAUUAGCUCCUCAGCGUAUUGGAGAAAUCACAACAAUUCAAUUGAAGAACAGUGCAAAGUACAUUUUGCGACGUGAUGCCUUUUUAGCCAAGACAGAAAAAGUGACAUUUGAUCUGGGCAUUAAUAAGGAUGAAGCAGGUUUAGCCAAUAAGUUGAUUCAUACUGUGAGUGGUCCAGGAACAUUGGCUAUCAGUCAUUAUGGUGGUAUCUAUCGUAUCGCACUUGCUGCUGGUGAAGAAUAUCAAGCAAAUCCACGUAGUUUAGUUAUGUGGGAUAAGCGAUUGAACCCUACCCGACUUCACUCUGUAAAACCUGUUGUCCCUUCACCAAGAUCCAAACUUAGACAGUAUGAAGUCUUUAGAAACAUUGUCGAUAGUCCUUCUCUUCAACCUAAAUUACAGUAUUUAGAUAGUCUCUCAAGAACCUUACGCAACUUGAUCCUUGGUGCUCCUGAUUUCGUUAAGCUUAAGGGUCCUGGCGACUUUUAUUUGGCUUCUCGUGUUGAACCUCGUCUUGAAAAAUCCAGAUUAAUGAAUGCCUUGGCUGCUGUUAAUGAUUCUGCUUCACAGCUAUUUGAGCAAUCAAAUGAUAUCUUCCCUCCUGGUCCACCUGAACCAGUUGACAGAUUCAAUGUCACAAAGAAAAAACAUCCCGGCUAUGCUCAAAAGUCUAUUGAUGGUCGCCCAUCUUACUAUGCUCAAAUUGGACCUAAGGGCGUAGUUACAUUUGUUGCUAAUAACCAAGAAUAAAAUCAUAUUGUACCAUAUGCAUCUAUUUUUAUACAGCAACAGGUUCCAGGUAUAUAUUAAUCUUGAAUGGCUUAGUGGUAACCGCUUUGAGCAAAGCAUUGCUUAUUUUGACAAGUGUGAUACAGGUACUUUAAAGGGGGAAAGAAGGUUUAGUUUCUGCUUGAAUUAUUUAACCGUAUCAGCAUAAAACAACAUCGGCUCAAGCCGCGCUCUUCUGGUUAAAUUCCCCGCUCUUUUUUUUAAGAAACAAUAAAAC